AUAACCUGAUAACCAGCUGGCAGAAUAACAACAAACAAAGUGGAAAAACAAAUAUAAUGUUGUAGUAUUUAAAAUAUUAGAGUAAUGUGCUCGAAACGUAAUCUGAGUGUCCUUGUGGACACAGAAGACGAGCAGGAGAACCAGCCGAACAUCACCGCUAAAUCGUUCUGCCAGCACACUUCAUCGGAAUUCGCCGGCUCACCGAAAGCCCACGGAAGCAAUGUUUCGGGCGAUUCCUUAUCCACGCAGCGCAAGAAUAAUGCUUCCAAGUUCGAGAAAUCCUGGCUGGCCCUAAAUAAGUCGUGUAUGGCCCUAAGCCCGAUGGAUUCUUCAGAGAAUAUCAGUAUGACAAGUUCCCCGGCAACAAAACGUCGAACAAAAGCCUUGCCCGUCUCCAUUGGUCAAAAUUCUCCGAGGACUCCUCCCGCCAUACCCCGGUCGAGGUUAUCUUCUUCGUUCAAGACUUCUCAGCGAUGGAACGCAUUAAUGAGCGAAGAAUCCUGUCAUUCGCUAAUAAGAAAAUCUCCGCAGACUUCUCCUUUGAUGCCGGUUAAGAGUCCACAAAUGUUCUCUUUCUUCAAGACAUCGACGAUUAAUGAUAAUUCUCCAAAGACUUCUCCGUUAAUUGAAAAAACAAAUAGGAGCCCUCGAAGGUUAUCCUCCUCCCUCAAAACAUCUCAGCGUUGGAACGACUUGAUGAGCGAUCAUUUGCUGAAUGAAUCGAGCUGCACGGACGAUAGCCAUCUAGAGUCCUCACCAGCCAUCCGUCUGGUGCCUGAGCAACCCUCCCAAUACCUGCCCAGCAGCAGCCAGAAAAGAGUCACCCAAAAGCCACACAAACGCGCCGUUAAGGGAGGCUACGCCGAAAGUUUCCAGCGGUUGCUGAAGAGUGUGCGAAUGGAUCAGCGUCAUCAGAGCAGCAGGGAGGCCACCCACAAGGUUCAGGUGCUGUCUUUAAACGAAGAGUUCAACCUAUCAAUGGCUCUAGUGGAGGCCGAGAGCCAGCAAGGAAGUUCAAGCUCAAUCUUUAAUAUUAUAUUACAAUCGAAUCAAUCAAAAGACGUUAAGGCGGGCUCUAGGCUGAAGUUCUACUUGGAUCCGAACAUCAAGCCGUUGCAGCUGUCCAACAAGCAAUUGGUCUAUUGUCAGCCACAUAAUGUAAUUGUUUUAUAAAGUCAAGCUUUAGUUGUAUGUAUAAAAUGUAUAAAAAUACUG